CUUCUGGGACGGCAAACUUUUACAUGUUCAGAGCCAGGAAGGGGGAACUCUUUAUCUCCCAUGGAUCUCUAAAGUGAGAUGUUGGGCAGGGCAGAGGAGAGCUGAGUUUCCAAAGGGGGCUCCUGGAUAAUUUCAAAAAGGAUUUAAUCUGCAGGAAGUGUGCACCUUCAUUCUGGAAGUAUGACAGAGAAGGAGAUCCUUGAGCCACCUGCGUCACCCACAUCUGAAGGGGGGAAAUCCACGGAAGGGCUGCAGAAGCUAAAGCAGCUUUUCCAACGCAAGCCCAAGGAAGAGCCUGCCCCGGAGGAACCCCAGGCCAAUGGAGAGCUGGUCAGCCCCACCGGAGGGCCUAUCUACUAUAUCUACGAGGAAGAGGAAGAGGAAGAGGAGGAAGAGCCUGAGCCACCACCGCCGGAAAAACCCGUGAAUGACAAACCUCACAAGCUGAAGGAUCACUACUUCAAAAAACCCAAGUUCUGUGAUGUCUGUGCCCGCAUGAUUGUCCUCAACAACAAAUAUGGCCUGAAAUGUAAGCACUGCAAAACGCACAUCCAUCAUCACUGCCAAAGCUAUGUGGAAUUUCAGCGCUGCUUUGGCAAGAUCCCCCCAGGUUUCCGUCGUGCUUACAGCUCUCCAUUGUACAGUGCUCAACAACUUGCUGGUGGUGCUAACCGAGGUGACCCUGUGUUUGAGACGUUGCGGACAGGUGUCGUCAUGGCAAAUAAAGAGCGCAAGAAAGGGCAGGAUGACAAGAAGAAUCAAUUAGCUGCCAUGAUGGAAGAGGAGACAGAGGUCCCUAAGCAAGAAGGUGGCAAAGCUGAGGAAGGAAAUCCAGAAGGACAGAAAGCUGAGAAGAAUGCUCCUGAUGACAAGAAUAAGAAGCAGCAAGCUGGGUUCCAGCAGUCUCACUAUUUUAUCGCACUGUAUCGCUUCAAAGCCUUAGAGAAGGAUGACCUAGAUUUCCACCCUGGAGACAGAGUUGUCAUUGUGGAUGAUUCCAAUGAAGAAUGGUGGCGGGGCAAGAAAGUUGGAGAGGUUGGGGACAAAAUAGGAUACUUUCCACCCAACUUCAUUAUCCGGGUGCGUGCAGGAGAACGGGUGCUCAAGGUGACACGUUCCUUCGUGGGCAAUAAAGAGAUUGGGCAGAUCACACUUAAAAAGGAUCAGAUUGUGGUGCAGAAAGGUGAGGAGCUGAAUGGGUACGUGAAAGUCUACACUGGCCGCAAGGUGGGUCUCUUUCCCGUUGACUUCUUGGAAGAGAUCUGAGUCCAGCCCUGGCAUUGACCAUUGUUUUUCAUAGCCUGAGAAGGCCAGGUGGUUUCCUUGGAGAGAAAUUCCCGACCGCCAAAGGACUCUCUGCAAUGGAGUUGGGUCCCGUGAGUGCCUGUGGGCCAGAGUGAAGAUAUGCUACCAAGGCCUGUAUCUCUGAGCUAAGAUCCAAGGAGAGAAAGACAUGUACUACCAUUUCAGGGGCCUUGGUGUUCCCCUUGAACUCUGUGGUUUGGUGGUAGAUUCUUGGAUGGGUUUAGCCAUUAUCUCUUGAUGACAUUGCCAUGGAGUUACUGGGAUGCGGCCCAAGCCGUUUUGGUUCCUGCCUGCAAAGGAAGUGGAAAGUUCAUGUUGACUGCCAGACUUGACAAAAUGACAUUUGCUGCUCCCCCUUACAAGUGGCACCAAGUGUGUGUGUGUGUGUGUUUGUGUGUUUACUCAGAGACUGAUAUAAAUGGCUGCCCCUUUGCUUGUGAAGUCA